AUGGAAAACGUCUAUAUCGUCGAAGCCGUACGCAGCCCCAUUGGUAAAAGAGGCAAAGGCCUCGCGGGCCUGAUGCCUGCUGAUCUUCUAGGUCAGGUGCAAAGUGCUGCCCUUAAACGCAGCGGCAUCGCACCAGAGAAAGUUGGCCAGAUCAUCGGCGGCUGUGUGUCUCAGGUGGGUGAACAGUCUUUCAAUAUCGCACGCAUUGCGUGGCUUUCGCAGGGGUUACCUGAGGAAAUUGCUGCCACCACUGUCGACUCCCAAUGUGGGUCGUCCCAGCAAGCCACCUCUUUAGGUGCCGCCAUGGUGUCCUCCGGCAUGGAAGACAUCGUGAUGGCCUGUGGCGUAGAGAUGAUGAGCCGCGUGCCGUUAGGUUCAAACAUGAAAGAUGGCGUGCCGAUGGGCGAAAGCUAUAUGUCUCACUAUCAGCCCACCAGCCAGUUUCAGGGUGCGGCGAUGAUCGCCGAGGAAUACCAGAUCACCCGUGGCGAUACCGACGCUUUUGGUCUGCGCAGCCAGGAACGUGCGCUACGAGCACGUCAGGAGAACCGUUUCGAACGGGAAAUCACCCCUAUCGAAGCACCGGUUCUGAAUGACAAAUUUGAACCUACCGGAGAGAUGCAAACCAUCACUGCCGACGAAGGCAUUCGGGAAACGUCUCUUGAAGCGCUGGCAGGACUUAACCCGGUACCCGGUCAGGAGAUUCAUACCGCAGGCUCAAGCUCACAGGUUUCAGACGGCGCCGCUGUUGUAAUUCUUGCUAAUCAAAAGGCUGUCGACGCACUGGGCCUGAAGCCCAGGGCUAAAAUCAUCGCCUCUACCCUGGUGGGUGUUGAUCCGGUGACCAUGUUGAAAGGACCAAUUCCCGCAAGUCGUAAAGUGCUUGAACAAGCGGGCCUGUCCGUCAACGACAUCGACACUUUUGAAGUGAAUGAAGCAUUUGCCUCGGUAGUACUGGCCUGGGAAAAAGACCUGCAGCCCGACCCUGAAAAAGUGAAUCCAAAUGGCGGUGCAAUUGCUCUGGGACAUCCUACCGGCAGUACCGGAGCACGCUUGAUCACCAGCGCACUGCAUGAACUGGAACGCACCGGCGGUCGCUACGGCCUGAUUGCCAUGUGCUGUGGCGGCGGACUGGGUACCGGCACCAUUAUUGAACGUAUAUAG